AUGGCUUCAGAUGCAGAGACCUUCGUCCAGUACCCGAUACACCUUGACCCAACUUCCAAAGCGCUCUCCGACCCCACAUCAUCGUCAGCAGAACUUGAAGCAGAACUCGAAGCCAUAAACCAAACACACCGUGCUCUCCUCAACCUGGAACCUCCAAAUAUUCCUCCUCCACCUCGGCCCGUAAAUCCUAAACGGAGCGCACAGAUAGGAAAACUCCGCGAUACAGCCAACACCGCCUAUCGGAAGGCCAGCUUUGGGGAGGCUGCUAAGCUAUAUACUCUUGCUAUUGAUAUGGCGCUUGCACGACCGUCCUGGGAACCUGUAGGACUAGUGCGUGAAGAGCUGUCUGCACUCUAUGCAAACAGAGCACAGGCCUAUAUGCAACAGCAACUAUGGGCUGAGGCAUGGGUUGAUGCUCAGCUUAGCAUAGAAUGUAAUGAACAAGGGAAUGGCAAAGCUUGGUGGCGUGGUGGUAAGUGUCUGGUAGAAAUGGGGAGGUGGGCCGAAGCUCAGAGGUGGAUUUCAAAGGCUCUAGAAAUCGAGGGUGAGGGUGACUUUUCCAAGGAGUUGAGUGCGUUGAUGGUCGAUAUUCACACGGGGCUUGAAAAGAAGCUUUAG